CUCCGGUAAAAUCAGUAUUUCCCUCUGCCAUCUUAUUCGUCGCACGGGCGUCGUGCCACUUACACCGAGUGUAGAAUUUCCGAACGCGUAGUGGGCGGAGCCUGAACCACACCAUCUCAAGUUAGCCAAUGUGAUUAAACCAGUGGUCACAUUGAAAAACAGCUGUUCCCUGCGAGUCAGUGUUCCUGCAAGUGAGCUGGAGUAAACAUCGUAGAAAAAACCAAGAAUUGACAAAAAUAUCUGUCAGUUCGUCAAUUACAUUGAAGUUAACCUACGAAUAAAAUUUUUCAUCUAUAUUUCAAAGUCUUCUGAAACACGAAGAAACGAAUCAACCGAUUUUCUUGGUGCAAAAGAUUCAUCCCUACUCAGGAUCUAAAAGAGAACACCAUGAACCUCUCCUUUGCAGGAUGUGGCUUCCUGGGCAUCUAUCAUGUUGGUGUUGCUGUAUGCUUCAAGAAAUAUGCUCCGCACCUUCUCCUAGACAAGAUCUCUGGAGCUUCAGCCGGUGCUAUCGCGGCCUGUUGCCUUCUUUGCGAUCUUCCCCUCGGUGAAAUCACCAGCAACGUUUUGAGAGUCGCCAAGGAAGCACGUCAAAGAACAUUGGGACCUUUUAGUCCAUCAUUCAACGUUCAAAAAGUACUUUUGGAGGGCUUAGAACAAUUCCUUCCGGAGGAUGCACAUCUUCGAGUCAAUGGUAAACUUCACGUAUCACUCACAAGAGUGUACGAUGGAAAAAAUGUUAUUGUAUCUCAGUUUACCUCGAAGGAAGACCUGUUGCAGGCACUUCUGGCCAGUUCGUUUAUUCCAAUAUUCUCGGGUUUACUGCCGCCCAGAUUUCAUGGAAUUCGCUACAUGGAUGGCGGAUUUAGCGACAAUCUACCGACUCUCGAUGAGAAUACAGUAACAGUUAGUCCUUUUUGUGGUGAGAGCGAUAUCUGCCCAAGAGACGUUUCUUCGCAACUCUUUCACGUUAAUUUUGCGAAUACCAGUAUAGAGCUUUCUAAACAAAAUAUCUACAGAUUCGUUAGAAUACUGUUUCCUCCAAAUCCUGAGAUACUGUCAAACAUGUGCAAACAAGGGUUUGACGAUGCUCUUAGAUUUCUACACAGAAACAACCUUAUUAAUUGCACAAGAUGUCUCGCAGUACAGUCAACCUUCGUUGUAUCCGAGACUCUUGACGACAGUAUGGAGUAUGAUCCUGAGUGUCUUGAGUGUAAAAUUCACAGACAGGAAGCACUGGUGGCCAACUUACCAGAGACUGUCAUGACAAUAUUUCAGGAUGCCAUUGACUCAGCAAAUAAAGGCCUUAUCAAUUGGCUCUUUAAACAUAAAAGUGUAAAGCUUCUUUCACUUCUCAGUCUGCCGUAUACACUGCCUGCCGAUGUAGUGUACGCCACAUUUACGAACUUGAUUGAUAACAAGGUAGAGACGCGUACCUUGGAAUACAAAGUAAUUGGAAAUGCUCUUCGUACUCCCCAGCAGGCGAUCGCUUGCGCUAAGCACUUGGCAUCACCCUCGGGGUGCAUAUUGAAUGCUCCUAAGUUGCGAAAGAACUUUUUGGAGAUAAGCCGAUACUUUCUGGAACAGCUGUCUGUACUUUUCCCUGGUAUUAACGUUUAUUAUCAGCCGAUGCCGCAAACGAUCAAGUGUCAAUUGGCCAUCACCGAGUAUGGCUCCAAUAUAUACAAUAUCGAAGCCACUGAGGAUCCAUACAGAAAGCAGAAGACGAACCUUAAUUUGACCCUUCAGUAUAACGAAUUACAAAAAUACAGAAAGGAAUCGAACUGCGUAAUAAAUAUGUCAGAUUUACCAUCUGUGGACGAUACAUUUGAAAAUAUACUUAAGGUCACGUCUGAUCACGAAGCUCUGAUGGCUUAUUAUUACAUGGACGAUAAUAACAAAGUACAGGUUACGGAGAUAUUCGAUGUGACAGACACUGAAAAGCACGCGCUAUUUUCGCCUGAGGAAGUCGAGACCAACAUGAAGCUUCAGUUUGAUGAUUGGGACGAGCCAACGUGGCUUUCUCAGCAUACAUUUGCCGAUGUUGUCACGGAGUCCCUAUACACUGACGAUCAUCAGAGAAGCAUGGACGAUUUGUCAGAUAUAUCCUUGGAGGAUGAUGUCUUGGACGGUUCCAAUAUAUUUUCCGAUCCGGAAAGCGAAUGGGGGAUGGAUAAGCCACAUGAACUUUUAACUCCAGUGAAUGUGACGACACCAGACAGUCGACCUGAGGUCGAUCAGCCGUCGCUUGUCAGUUCAUAAGGAAUUACGAAACAGCUUACUAAUUGGUAAUUUAACAGAUACGUGUUUGACGAUGAAAUAUCAUUGAGUCAAUUCACUUCGGUGCUCGGUUCGAUAAUAAUUUUUCUUAAGAAGUUAUCUUCGGCGUCUCCUGGAAAAGACACUGGAGAUUUAAAAAAGAAUGCCAACCUUCUUUUACCUCUUUGUAGAGGUCCUCCUCGAUUUCAGUCAUUAUUACGAGAUCUCUAAGAUGCUCCGCUGUGAGAUAAAAAUGUGGAUAUUCCCUCGAGCUUGAAAAAGUAUGCAAUUGCUUAUCGGUUUUAUUUAACCUUAUUAUCAUUCCUCAAGGUACUAGCAUGAUGUUUUCAGUUGCAUUUCGCACAGUACAAUGAUGCCAUAUAUUAAUUUAAUUAUCUUGAUUAGUUUUAAUGCUUUCUUCCUCUCUAUUCUUUCUCUCUCUCUCUCCCCUAUUAUUCUAUGAUUUCACUGUGUUUCUGCUGUCAAGUAAAAUCAAUUAAAAAUCAAUGAAUAAGGAUUGCCUCUUUUUUCAAAUCUCUAGGCACUAAUUAUUAUAAUUUAAUUAUUAAGUAGUUACCUAUAAUUAAGCACAAUGUUUGCAGCAUUGAAAAGCUUUCGCGAGUCAUAUUACUAACUACGUAGUUGAAUAUUUAUUUGAUCGUUAACUUAUUGUUUCUCUUGUCUCUCUAAAGGAAGCUUAGUUGAGGUGAUUCCCAUAGAAUGGUUUUCAAUGUGAUGUAAUAAGUAAGAAGUAUAUAAAGAGCAAUAGAAAUGCAUUUAUAUAAGGGAGACACGAACUAAUGUGAAGCUGGUACUAUCGCGGGGACUUGUGUAAUACAAAUAACACUAAGUUACUAAGAAUUCCUUAAAGCUUCUACCUGCGCAUAUUAAACUGAGAAUUGCAAUUAAUUAUAUUGACCGAAAAACAAUGGAAAUACGUCGUGAAAUUAUUCGACUGCGCCUAAAAUUCGCCUGGCAAUAUGAAAAGAGACGGCGUUUAAGUAUUAACGAGACGAGUGGAUGAGGUAGAAAAAGAAGUAUGUAUACAUAUUAUACCGGGAUAACGAAGAAAAAAGAAAAAUUGUUUUGCAGCCACUCUUGAUUAAUCUUGCCAUAUAUAUGUAUAUGUGUAUAUAUAUACAUUUUGUAUUUAUUGUUAAUAUAGAGGUUAAUAACGCGUGGCCGAUAAGCUAUUUUAAAUAAUUACCUGAUUCUCUUAUUUAAAAACUCGAGCGUAUCGUGACAAUGGUCUGCCAGGCGAGCUAUGGAAUUUAUUAUAAAAUUGUUAGGUUACGUUUUUCUUUGAUUAAUUAAUUAAACGCUUUCUUCAUUCGUUUAAUUGGUUAAUCGUCUUGCGCUAUGUUAAUAUUAAAAAUACUACUUUCUAUUUAACGCUUGCAAAUGCUCGGUACUUAUUUACUACUGUUUAGUUAGGCGAUUCGAUAAGUACAAGGUAUUGUGCAGAAACGUUCCAGUAAUUUAUAUGAAAUAAAUAUAUAUAAAUUAUAUAAAUAUAUACAUAUAUAUAUGUACGUAUACAUAUGUUAUUUUACAUAUAGUAUACACAGUCAAUUCAAAUCACGAGAGACUAUUUACUUGUUACUAAAAGUGUAUUUUGAAAAUAUUUUAUGAGAAUACAAAUGGUGAUAUAACUUUUACAAUAAA